GCGUGGGCCGCGUUCGCCGGGCGGUGUCGGGGUGUGGGUACGCGGUGCGGGAGCGGGGCCGCUGACACAGUAAAAAUGUCUUCGCCUCCCAAAGAGAAAGCAGAGACGCGGGCCGGACACCCUCCUGCUGUGAAAGCUGGUGGGAUGCGGAUUGUGCAGAAACACCCACACAAUUCAGAUGCUAAAGAAGAAAAAGAUAAGGAUGACCAAGUCUGGGAAACCAGCAGCCCACCGAAGCCAGCAGUGUUCAUCUCCGGUGUCAUUGCUAGGGGUGAUAAGGACUUCCCUCCAGCUGCAGCUCAGGUGGCUCAUCAGAAACCACAUCCUUCUGUGGAGAAGCUUCCUCACCCACAGCACGUCAAACAGCACAUCCACCAGCCUCGCAAAUGAGCUCCCCGUCAGGAUCUCUGCCGAUCUGCUCUCUGUGAAUAAGUUUUCAAGAGAAGACAAAAACCCUUUAGCAUUCACAUUGUCAAAUCUGUAAAACUAACAUCUAAAAUAAUAUGCUGUUUCUUUUACUUUAAUUCUCAAGGGUAAUAAGGAUGAAGACAUUGUUCAGUUGUUAUCCCAGAUGGAAAAUUCGGUAUUGAGUAUUUGCUGAUCGGGGUGCUUUUUUAUAAGAUUUUCUUAUUGCCAAGAUAAAAGCUUUCGUGUGAAUAAUAUGAUUAAUGAGCUUUGUAUUUUUAGUUGUGGACUCAAAAUAGCAGAUAGUUAAUGUAGUUUUUAUGCUAAGCCAGUAAGGAAGAGCAGUCCUUUUGUACUGGUACCUUUACUCUCUGGAGGGAGAUUUUUGGGUGUGUUGAGACAGAAGUCAGCAGUUGUCUUGAUUAUGUAGAACCCUUGCAGCCUUCAGUAUCCUACAGUGUUAUACCCCAGUGCCCUCUGGAUUCAAACAGGGAGAUGAUGAAAGGGCCCCCAUACAUUCUUAAGUGAGCAGAUAUCCAGCUGAAUCUUCUUUACACACCUUUGCACUCACACAGUCAUGCUGAGAUUUUUCUCUCUGGUGGUCUGUGGGUAUGAAGAAGAGAUAGAAAUCAGAAUUCUAAGAACACUGCUGCUUUGUAAUCUCAUGAGUCUCACUGGGGGCUGUAUUUUUGAGGUGAUGGUUUCCCAUUCCAAUAACAAGCUGAAGGAGUUCAUGACCCUCCUUUUUGAACUUAAAAUAAGUUGGUGAGAAAUCUGUUUGCUUUUUUAAUUUAGAAUUUGAGGUCACCUUUUGAAGUGAAGAGAUACCAUUAGUAAAUACGUUUAUGAUCCAACCUCUUUUGCACAUAGUGUUUUUUCCUUUGUUGUUUAGCCUUCUUAUUCUGUAGAAUGGUAGUGAUAUGAGGGAGUAAAAAAGAAAGUUAUUUCCAAAUAGAGCAAUUGUUUUAUUUUUACCACAUAAUUAAAUCAUUUUAUUUCCCAGUUCCUUUAGCUCUAUAAUUUUCCUUUUCUUUUCACUUCUGUAAAACCAGAAAAAAAAAUUUAGACAUUCUAUCUAUUUUAAAGUGUCUUUCUGUUUUUAACUGGCUACAAAUACAAUACAGCCUUUGUUACCCUCCAGGUCUAUAAAGUUUCUGGUGAUGUCGAAAAAGUGGGAGCUAAUGCUGCAGCCAUUCACCUGGCAAAUCAGUGAAAUUUUAGGGUCACUCAGGGCUUUUAUGGUCAAAAAAACAGUGAGGAAAGUUUAAUUUAUUUUUUUUAAAUUCUGCAGACUUAACUUCAUGAGUAGCUGAUUUAAAACAACAGCAACAAAAUAAUGGGAAAUAUGGCCCAUUUCACAAGUGGAAUAACUCACUUCAUGUGCAUGUGAGGGACCUGACAUUUCUGUGUCAUCACAGGCUUGAAAUGGAAAUGAUGUUUUGCAAAUUAUAUGCAUGGACAUAUUUAUUCUAAACCUAAGGAAGGAUGUACAAUUUAUAUAUGCAGUCCUUAUUUUCAAUUUGAUUAGAAACCAUACUUGCCUUAAGGAACGAGUGUUGUUUGUAAGGGUUAUUCUGUAUUAGAAUAUACGUAACUUUUCAAAUCUGCUUUCUGUUUUUGAUGUCGGUGCAGCAAAGGCCUUGUUUGUAGCUGCUUAUGAGUGUGCAAGUGAUUCACACCUGGGCAGCUCAUUCAUAAGGGUAGCAUUGAUGAACCUCUUGGGGUCUCUGUGGGAGACAAUUUGCUGGCAGGAAUGUUUGCAGACUCGGGACAGGAGGUGGUUGAUGGUGCAGCCGUAGCUGUCCAUGUGCUGUGUCAGCAACGCAGCAGAUCAUCGCAGUCACUCCUGGUACCUGCUGGCCUGAGGGGGAGCUGGCUGGGAUUACGGCUCUGCCUCGUGCUGUGCCUGCAUCUGAAGCAGUGUCUAGAGCCUGGUGUGGUCAGUGGUGGUGCAGUCAGGACACGCAGCAGAGUUUGGGUAUAGCUUCAUUGACCAAAGGGGAAGGGUCUUUCAGGAUGAGCUGGAUCACUCUUGGCUCACUGCAGUGGAAAACUAAACCGCAGUGUGGAGGCACACAGUGAGGUGGGGCUGGGUACUUCUCCUCCAUGUCUUGUAAUAGACAGAAAUGGUUUUGAAAGCCACGCUCCAUCUCCAUUCUUACAGUAAAAGUUAGGAGCAGUUGGAUGCUUUCAAAUUGCAAACUACUGCUCCUGGUUGUUAAUGCAAUAUAUACAGCGUAUAUAGACAAUACCUGAUUUUUGUCUUUGAUUACUUAGAUAGAUAUGUAAGUUUGUACAAUGAAAUAUGGCUCUUAAGAUAGCUUUAGUGGCUUUUAGAGCACAGAAAUUCAUACGUGAUUAGAAAAGGUCUCUGUAUGAAAGUAUAUUAUGUAUUGCUGGGAGGUAUCCAUGUUCAUACAUAGAUGUCCUUACCAAAGCAUUACCUUGUCCAAAAUAGUCAUAACUGGUGAACUGGAUUUCUUACUAAUGGUAAUUGAUACUUUUAAAAUAUGUUGCAAUAGCAUAUAAGUGCCAGAGAUGUUCAGAUGUUACCUUGAAAUAACUGCAAAAGAAAUUUUCUGUAAUUGUCAAUAUGGCAAUAAUGCAACAAUAAAGCAUGAAGUUGUA